AUGGCCAUCGAAAAUGGAGGAACCGAAGAGUCAAGAACCAAUGAAUCCACCACAUCGAGGAGCCUUGAAGUUGAGGUGGCGGCGGUGGCAGCAAAGAGCCCCACCGUGAAUGAGAAUGAGCACGACUCCAACAAGAGCAACGGAGAUGAGAAAGGGAACUCAGUUCCAUUCCAUAAGCUGUUCUCAUUUGCAGAUUCUACUGAUUUGCUAUUGACGGUUGUUGGGUCAAUAGGCGCAGUCGGGAAUGGCAUUUCCAUGCCCCUUAUGACCGUAUUGUUCGGACAGCUGAUCAAUACAAUUGGCGAGAACCAGGCUGACACUGAUGUAGUAGAUCUUGUGUCCAGGGCUGCGAGAAUAAGGGGCCUGUACUUGCAAACUAUAUUGAGACAAGAUGUCGCAUUUUUUGACAAAGAGACUUACACCAGAGAGGUCAUCGGGAGAAUGUCAGGUGACACAGUCCUCAUCCAGGAUGCCAUGGGUGAAAAGGUGGGGAAGUUCAUACAACUCAUGUCGACAUUUGUUGGAGGCUUCGUGAUAGCAUUCAUCAAGGGGUGGCUAUUGACCCUCAUCAAGCUAACCAUGAUUCCUUUGCUAGUGAUUGCGGGAGGUGUUACGUCUCUCAUAAUCUCAAAGAUGGCAUCUCGCGGGCAAAGUACUUAUGCCGAGGCAGCAAAUGUUGUUGAACAGAUGAUUGGUUCCAUCAGAACGGGCAUGGUGCGGACGUUCAUUAGGUCUCUUGGGCAGGCUUCUCCAUGCAUGAGUACAUUUGCUGCUGGUCAAGCUGCUGCAUAUAAGAUGAUCAAGACCAUCCACAGGAAGCCGGACAUUGAUUCAUUUGAUACCAAGGGAAAGAAACUAGACGACAUUCGUGGAGAUAUAGAGUUGAGGGAUGUUUAUUUCACUUAUCCAGCCAGGCCCGAUGAACAACUAUUCAACGGGUUCUCCCUUGGCAUCCCAAGUGGUACAACUGCAGAGAUUUAA